AUGUUUUUCAUGCUUUUAUUUGUCUUAUUUAUCUCUUCCUAUAUACCGGUGGUCAAGACAUUCAACCUUGACAUUAUUUCUCCUGGUCUACGUACAGGUCCAUCAAAGUCCCUUUUUGGCUUUGCUGUCGUAUCUUCAUCAACUAAACAACAAUGGGCUUAUGUUGGUGCACCUCGAGCAUUACUUACUCGACAACGAUCUUCCAUUGUGUCAUCUAAUAGUACUGAAACUAUACCAGUUGGUCGCGUAUUCGGUAAUAUUUUUGAAUGUCCAAAUGGUACAGAUGAAUGUCGGCCGAUUCUUAUUGAGAAUGAAUUAUCUCAAGCAAUGCCUUCAUUUCAUACUGUACUUGAUGAUGCUUGGCUUGGUUCAUCCCUCAUAGCGACAUCAGAUGAUUCACUUGUUACAUGUGGUUAUCGUUUAAUGCGCAAUAUUAGUAUAGAUCGAUAUGAUACACGCGGUGCUUGCUUUAAAGUAUCAUCUGAUCAUCAAGAUGUUUCUUAUUAUGAUUUCUGUGAACAAAGCUCUGAAACAGAACUAUUACAUGAAGGCAGUGCUCUAUGUCAAAGUGGCCUUAGUUUAGCUUAUAUACCAUCUGGAGGACGAUCAGAUAUUAUUGCAUUCGGUGAACCAGGUGCCUUUCAAUGGUCUGGCCGAAUAGAAGCUGAUUAUUCUGAUACUCUUUUACGACAAUUAUAUGCAUAUAAAUCAGCUUCUUCAACACCAUUACCAUAUAGUUAUUUAGGUUAUUCAGUAUUGAUAAUUAAAAGUAAAAGUCGAGAUAUAAAUGAUAGAUCAUAUAUAUUUAUUGCAUCAGCACCACGUGCAUCAAAUGGUCGAGGAGAAAUUCGUUUUUAUACGAAACGUUUUGUAUCAACAAAUAAUUUUGGUUAUGAUACAUUACAAACAAUAUUUCAAAUAAAUAAUAAUCAUUCCAUGCCAUAUGUUCUAAUUGGUGAACAAUUAGGAAGUUAUUUUGGAUAUGCAAUGACAGCAGGAGAUUUAAAUGGUGAUGGACAUACAGAUCUUGUUAUAAGUGCACCAUUUUAUUAUUCAAAAAAACCAUCAUAUGGUGGUGCUGUUUAUAUUUAUUAUGGAUUAAAUGGAAAAUUUUCAAAUGAUCGACGUCAGAUAUUAUUUGAACCACCGAUACAUUCACGUUUUGGUUUUUCUGUUGCUUGUAUACCUGAUUUGAAUAAAGAUGGAAUCGAUGCAAUAUCAGCACCGGGUGAAAAAGAUGAUAUUCAUACAGGUAGUGUGUAUAUUUAUCUUGGCUCUCGAAAGAAUGAAUUAGCAAAACAUACACAAAAAAUUGUACCAAGUCAAUUAUUAAUUAAUUUAAAACAAACAACAAUAAUAAAUGAUUUUGGAUUUUCAUUAGCUACACAAUCACCAUUUAAAUAUUCAUCAAUAUCAACAUCAUCAUCAACAUCCAUAGUAUCAUCAAAUUCAACAAUAAUAAUCGAUUAUCCAUCAUUAAUUAUUGGUAUACCUAAAGCAGAUAUGAUUGUUCAUUUGAGGUCACAUCCAUUAGUAAAUGUUAAUGUACGAAUUGAAAAUAUGAAAGAAUUACAAGCAAUUCGUUAUAGUUCAGAAAAUCGUCCAUGUAAAACAAUUGAUGGAACACCAGUUGUUUGUUUUGAUGUACGAUUAUGUUUUGAUUCAAAUGAUAAAUUAGCACAAAAUUUAAUUAUUAUUUAUACAUUAACAGCUGAUGCUUUAUCAACAAUUCGAAGAAUUUUAUCAACUGUUAAUCAUUUACCUACAAUAACGAAUAAACAAGUUUUGAAUACAUGUGAAAAUCAAACAUUUAUUACAAAGAGUGGAAAUGAUGAUUUUUUAACUCCAAUUCAUUUUUCACUUGUUUACAAUAUAUCUCAAGAUCGAAAUGAUCUUCGAGGAAAACCAUUUAUUCUUGAAGGUAACAUUCCAAUGAUUAAUGCAACUGAAGAAGAACGAACAAAAAAAUUUCAAGCAAAUUUUUAUAAAGGCUGUGGAAAUGAUGAUAAAUGCAUCACUGAUCUUCAAUUAACAGCCGAAUUUGUUAAUGGACAAAAAGCAUUAAAUCUUUCGGUGCUUGGUAUUGAUUCUGAAAUACGUAUUCGUCUUAAUUUAUCAAAUGUACCAUCAGAACCCCAUCGUCGGAAAGCUGAUCCAGCAUUUGGAACAAAAAUUGAAGUUUAUUUUCCAACAUCAUUUGUUCAAUUUUCACAAGCAAUUAUGGAUGAUAACACUUAUUCAUGUCAGCCAAUACAUCGAAAUCAUGUUCGUUGUAAAAUGUCGGAUUAUUUUAAUAAUCCAUUUCCACCAGAAAAAUAUUCUAUAACUGAACUUGUAUUUACAUUAUCAAAUGUAUCAUUAAGUAAUAUUUUACAUUUUGAAUUUAAUUCAACAACAUUAACUGAUGAAACAAAUUUGAAUAAUAAUAAUGUUACAUUAAUAGCUAAAGUUUUAUUAAAAACUGAUUUAAGUUUACGUGCAGCACAUGAACCUGAACAAGUAUCAGUUAGUGGUGAAGGAUCUCUUGGAUUAAGUUCAAUUAAAAAUCUUGAUCAAUUUGGAAUGGAAGUUACACAUAUUUAUACAAUAAUAAACAGUGGUCCAAAUAGUGUGCGUUCACAUAAUGUAACAAUUUUUUGGCCAUAUGAAACAUUAGAUGAUGAAUGGGAAAAUGGAAAAAUUUUAUUGUAUCUUGUUGAAGAACCAAUUGUUGAAAUUUCAUCAACAUUAACUAGUACAGGUACAAAAAUCGAUGGUCAAUGUGAACGAUUACCACAAUGGCGUGAUCACAUUCGUAUACUUGAUCUACUUAAUCGAACAUCAUCAAUUAAUCGACAACGUCGUGAUGAACAAAAUGUUGAUAGUGUUAUUGAUCCUAAAACAUCAUUAACAGUAACAAUAACUCCACCAACAUCAUCAUCAAAUAUUCGUACAUUAACAUUAACAUGUGAUCCAACAUAUCAAAAUGUUCGUUGUUAUCCAAUACAUUGUCAUAUUAAAAGUCUUUCAGCACAAAGUUAUUAUUUCAUUAAACUUCGUGCUCGAUUAUGGAAUAGUACAUUAAUUGAAAAUUAUUUUGAUACAUAUGAUCGUGUUGAUAUACAAUCAUAUGCAUCAAUACAUAUUAAUGAUCUACUGAUAUUUCAAACAUCAACUGAUAAUGAUAAUGCUACAGCUACAACAGCUGCAGAAUUUGCUAAUCGAUCUGAUAAAAUUAUUGUACCUCGUUUACCUCUUUGGGUUCCAUUAGUUGGAGCUAUGGCUGGUCUUAUUCUUCUUGUUUUCAUUGUUAUUGUCUGUUGUUUGCUUGGUUUUUUUCAACGAACAAAAGCACCACCAUUAAAAAAGAAACCAACAACACUUACACUUGAUGGUACAACAACAAAUAGUUCAAGUGACGAACACCAACGAAUACUUCUUCGACAAACAUAUCGACAACCUAUACUUCUUCCAUCAUCAACGACAAAUUCAUUCAAUGAUGAAAAUUAUCAUUCACAGCAAACAACAAUACCAUUAAUACAUUCAAUACCUGAAGUACCAUCAGCUGAUAAUCAUGAUCAAGAUAUUGAUGAAGAUGAAGAAGAUGAUGAAUUAAUACAAAAUAAUCUAGGUAAUCAAUCUGAUAUUGAAGAAGAAGCACGUUUUCCAGUUGAAGAUGAUGAUGAUGACGAAUAUUCAUCGAAAAUGAAUGAACGUUUAGUAGAUGGAGAAUCAAUCAAUCAAUGA